AUGGAUGCAGAAAACGUCGUCAAGCAAUCAACUACAUCGAGUUCAUCUUAUGGCAAACAGGCCUUCCCUUCUAAGGACGAAACUCUUACUUCCCAGUUUGACGGUGCUGCUCCGCCAGCCUUCAAACGUGGGUCAAUUGAGCAGUCUAUCGCAUUGCUGGUAUACCACGCCUACCAGGACCUGCCUAAUAUACCUGGAAACCUGGUAGGUCUCAUCAGCGCUGGGGUAGGGUCCUACAAUGACCCAAUGCCUCUCAACGAAGGCGGGACACCUGAUAAUGAAUGGUUUGUCAAGCUCCUCCGCGUCAGCCUUGCGCUCGCCGAAGACAGCGUCCGUGGGGACAAGUUCCAGUGUCCGCUGAUUAACGCUGCCGCCGCAUUAUGCAUUGAGCCUAGUGGAAUCAAACAUCCUACAGUUGCUGGCAAGGGGCUAUCAGGCAUUAUUGCCUGUAUGAAAGCCGUAUUUGUCACAUGGGGCGCAUGGGAAACAGCGAAUCAGAACAUCACCAACGACCGUUAUAAUCUCUCCUACCAUCAAUAUGUCCGGCCGAAUCUAAUGUUCUACUCAUCACGGACCGGUUUCCAUAAUACCACCGAGUACAUACCAGAUAACGCUUUCGUCUGGGUUUAUCGUAUCCGAAACAUCGCGCUAGAGGAAUCAAUGAUUACUCCUGGCAUGACCACGACUACCCUUCGCGAUAAUGGCUGUAUUGCUGUUUUUGGUGCGAAUAGUGAGAUUCGGAUUCCGGUCGCCUAA